CCGGUCGUAUCCAGCGCUCAUCUCUACCGACAAUCACAGAUAACCAAACAUGGACAAGGAACGACAAAUGUUCCGUAUACACAACACUAAUCAGGUUAACGGGAAACAGAAAAACCCUGGCGAAGUAAGGGAAGAAUACGAUGCGAAAGAAAUCUACGGGCCGAAGAUCACGGACAGGGAUGGCGCACUAUUGGAUGAGCACGACAGCUUCUACCACACCACUAAGAGUCUCCUAGUACUGUUCCAGAUUAUGGGGAUUAUGCCCAUCAUGAGGGUUCCUAAAGAUGCCCAAACAACCAAAAGAACAACAUUCAACUGGAUAUCCAAGGCAACACUGUGGGCUUACCUGGUGUGGGGACUAGAAUGUAUUAUCGUUGUUAGAGUGGGCAAAGAGCGCUUAGCGAACUUUCAACAGAACACAAACAAGCGUUUCGACGAAGUGAUCUACAACAUUAUCUUCUUGAGUAUUCUCAUACCGCAUUUCUUGCUGCCCGUCGCGUCGUGGCGCCAUGGGCCUCAAGUGGCCAUAUUUAAGAACAUGUGGACCCAUUAUCAGUUGAAAUACCUAAAAAUCACAGGCACGCCGAUAGUGUUCCCAAACCUAUACAGCCUGACAUGGGGUCUCUGUGUGUUUUCGUGGGGCCUGAGCUUUGCUGUGAUCCUCUCACAGCAUUACUUGCAAGAUGACUUUGAGCUGUGGCACUCGUUUGCAUACUACCACAUCAUCGCUAUGCUGGACGGGUUCUGUUCAUUGUGGUACAUAAAUUGUAACGCGUUCGGGACGGCGUCCCGUGGUCUGGCCAUGAACCUUCAUAAAGCACUGGAGGCAGAACAUCCGGCAUUGAAGCUGGCUCAGUACCGCCAUUUGUGGGUCGAUCUGUCCCAUAUGAUGCAGCAGUUAGGUAGAGCUUACUCCAACAUGUACGGAAUAUAUUGCAUGGUCAUCUUCUUCACCACUACCAUAUCUCUCUAUGGGGCUUUAUCAGAGAUAUUGGAUUCAGGUCUCAGUUACAAAGAGAUGGGGUUGUUCGUCAUAGUUGGGUACUGCAUGACCCUGCUCUAUAUUAUAUGCAAUGAGGCAUACCACGCUACUAGAAAGGUCGGAUUUGAAUUCCAAGUGCGUCUUCUGAACGUGAACCUCACCACCAUAGACCGCAGCACCCAACGGGAGGUGCAAAUGUUCCUGGUGGCCAUCGCGAAGAACCCCCCAAUCAUGAACCUGGACGGCUUCACCAAUAUUAACAGGGAGCUGUUUGCUGCUAACAUUUCCUUCAUGUCAACGUAUCUUAUCGUGUUGAUGCAGUUCAAGCUAACACUACUACGACAGAGCGCGAGGAAGGCCGUCAAGACCAUCGUGAGAGCCGUCGUGAACGCUACGAAUGACGCCCCCGAUGAUGACGUAGAUGACGAUGAUGAUGAAUGAACAAGUUAAAUAAUAUUUUGAUAGCUGCUCCGUGACGAGAGAAAAUACUCGUAGCAUUCGUGAAAGAUUCAAUUUCGCAAUCGUUUUCGGAGAGAAGUAGCUACGAACAAAAAAAUCUAAGGCUGAGUUGCACCACCUAACUUUAACGGUAACUAUGACGAUAAUCGGUGCUUUUUGUAUGGAGUUUGACAGCUUUUUGACGUUUGUCAAAGUUAAAGUAAGAUGGUGCAACUCACCCUUAGUUGAUCGAUUUGGGGACUUAAAAUACU